GAACUGAGCAUCUGUCAAGUAAACUAUGAACUGGCAGAAAAGAUUUGUUAUGCCUUUCUCUCUCUCGCAUGUGGUAUUCUUGCAGUUGGAGGGAACUUGGCCUUACUUGUAGCUCUCAACCGCACGUCAAUGGUUGGCCCCCGUGUCAAUGACUAUUUCAUUAGUUCACUUGCAUUCGCUGACUUCAUGAUCGGUCUUACCAUGACACCGCUGUAUGCUUGCUACGUCCUGGUUUCUGUUGAUUUGUGGGUUGUAAAGCUCGAAUCCUUUCUUUGGAUCGUGACAGUUACAGCCACCACGUACAGCUUGAUCGCAGUAAGUAUCGACAGGCUGAUUUCAGUCGUAUAUCCUCUACGUUAUCAUCAAUUGAUGACUGACAAACGUUGCCGUCUCGCCAUCGUCUUGAUUUGGUUUGGAUCCCUUACUUUUGGAUUUCCAAGGCUUGUUAUUGAUGACUAUAAAAAGUUAAGAAGGCUCUGGAUCUCUUGUUCUGUUAUCACAGUAGCCAUUCCUUUGAUAAUAUUGUGCUUGUGCUACGGUAAAAUCUUUUGUGUUGUACGCAAACAGAAUCGAGCUUUAGCCCCCUCCAGGUUGUCGACAGCAGGUGUUAGAAAUAAGAAGGCCGUUAAGACAAUUGGAAUAAUUGUCAGUAUGUUUAUCGUAACAUUUACUCCAAGCGCUGUUGUGUAUUUUUUGCUUUUAUUCGAAAGUGAUUUUUGCCAGCAGAUGAUACUGAAUCAUGCGUGGAUUUGGGUGGCAUUUGUAUCAUUCACCCAUUCUGCUUUCAAUCCUUGGGUUUAUGGACUUCGAUAUGAAGAAAUGCGAAACUCUUUAAGGCACUCUUUCGUGAAUAGUCAUAUUUAG